GCGGGGCGUCCGGCGUCGGUUUCCCGGGCGACUGCUCGGCGCGGGUCCGUGAGUGUCGCAGCUUCCUUGCGCCAUGGCCAUGGGGACGCCUCCGGGUCUGCAGACGGACUGCGAGGUGCUGCUCAGCCGCUUCCAGGAGACGAACAGCGUGGGCUUCGAGGGCUUCGCGGAGCUCUGGAGGAACAUGAAGUUUGCGACCGUCUUCUCUGGCAAAAUGAGAAACUUAGAAAAGAACACGUUUACGAAAGAAGCGUUAGCUUUGGCGUGGCGAUACUUUUUACCUCCCUACACCUUCCACAUCAGGGUUGGUGGUUUAUAUCUGCUGUAUGGAUUCUAUAACACCCAGUUGUGUCAACCAAAACAAAAGAUCAGAGUUGCCCUAAGGGAUUGGGAUGAAGUUUUAAAAUUUCAGCAAGAUUUGAUAAAUGCACAACAUUUUGAUGCAGCUUACAUUUUUCGGAAGCUACGCCAAGAGAAAGCAUUUCACUUUACAGCAAUGCCCAAAUUGCUGUCAUAUAGAAUGAAGAAAAAAAUUCAGCGAACUGAAGUUACAGAAGAAUUUAAGGACACAUCUGAUCGUGUUAUGAAACUUAUCACUUCUGAUGUAUUAGAGGAAAUGCUGAAUGUUCAUGAUCAUUAUCAGAAGAUGAAACGUAAGAUUUUAGCUGAUAACUCCCUGCAAGAAAAAGCCAUCAGCUUGAUAAAGGAUGAUUUUUUUGACACGAUUAAGAACAUAGUUUUGGAGCAUCAACAGUGGCAGGAAGACAGGAAGAAUCUACCCCCGAAACCUAAAGAUGGAGAAGAAACAAGGGAGGAGCGUUCACAAGAGACAGAGAGAUGUGAAAGGGCAGAAUCAUUAGCAAAAAUAAAAUCCAAGGCCUUUUCGUUUGUUGUUCAGGCAUCGAAGUCAAGGAGGCAUCGUCAGGUGAAACUCGACUCUUCUGACUCCGAUUCUGCAUCAAAUCCAGGACAGACCCAAGCAGCUAAGAAGAAAAGAAGCAGACAGACAUUGAAAUCAGCAGGAAAGAAGGCGCCCUCCAGGAACAAAGGCCAUGAGCGGAGCACACGUAAGGAGGAGAAGUCUUUACGUCUGAGCAUGCCUGUCAUUAAAGAAGAGGAGGAGAAUGGAAGCUGCAGUGAACAAGAGUUCACCGUGCCCAAGAGGAGAAGAAGAUACUGAGUAACGGCUUGAUGUGCAGGGGAGGGCGUUGUGGCACAGCGCCGCACUUGGGAUACCCACAUCUCAUUCACGGACUGCUGAUUCGAGUCCUGGCUGCUUCGCUUCUGAUCCAGCUCCCUGCUGAUGUGCCCGGGAAGCAGCAGAGGAUGGCUUAAGAACUUGAGUUCCUGUCACACACCUGGGAGACCAGAUGGAGUUCCUGGCUCUUGGCUUCACUGACCUAGCUCUGGCUGUUGUAGCUAUUUGGGAAGUAAAUAAGCAAAUGUAAGAUCUCUCUCCCUCUCCCUCCAUCCCUCCCUCCCUCUCCCUCUCUCUCUCUCAAAUGUGUGUGUGUAUGUAUCUGUCUCCUCUGUCCCUCUGACUUUCAAAUAAUAAACAAACCUCUCAUUCAGAAAAACAGCAUGGUGUGAAGUUUUUAAUUUUGAGCUAUCUGACAGGAAAAGAUAUUUAUUUUCUGCAUUGAAGAAGACUGCCAGUAUUAAAAAGUAUUCUUCUGGGAGACUGUAGGUUAUUUCUUUGAAAUAGCAAAAACUUAACACUGUUAUAAAGUGUGAAAGGUUAGAAAGUAACAAUUUACUGUGAAAUUUAAUAUUUAAUAAAUGGAGAUUUAGUUAAAUUAUACAUGGAGAUAAAAUAUAUAUUUAGAAUGCAAUAGAUACAUUAUUUAUAGAUUAGUAUUUAUCUUUUGGUAAUACUGUACUGUCUUAAUAAACACUGGCAUUUGUAUCUGAAACCUCUUUUCUUGAAAAGUUAAUGUCUAUCUGUUACAUGUAAGUGACUAUUUUGUGUGGACACUGACAGUGUGUUUGCUGAUGUGUAUUUGCCAUUUUGUAUAAUGUGUGGUAACGUUCUAUAAGUUUUUGCCUUAUUUGCUCUGUUUUUUAAGAUGUCAAACUUUAUGUAAUUGAAAGAAAGUUCAUAACACAUUUUCUACUUCUGCAGUUAUCCUUUAUUGUUUUCAAGCUCCACUUAAUAUGUAUGUACGUAUGCAUGUCAGAACAGACAAAUGAAUGUUUGUGUCCAUAUAUACUGGGAUGUCGUAAGAUUUGUCAGUAAAUUGUGUACGUACAGUACCUGCACACUGAUUAUCUUCAGUCAGUCCUUUCUAAGAUGAGCACAGGAAAAAUGACAGUCUCCUGAAUGUGCCUCUGCUAAUUUCUCAUCUAGACAUUUGAAUGGAGGUUGCAUGAGCCAUGUGGAAUUGCUGUCAGUAGCAGUCGUCUCCAUAUCACAUGGUUGCUCAGCCUCUCUUAAUAUGCCAUUUUCCAGUGUUAUUUAUAAAAUUCAGGAAUUUAAUCUCUGGGUUGAAAUUUAAUCCAAAUCUGCCAAUGUCCUGUGAUUGAAAAUAUGUGAUAGCACUGUAUAUAAUCUUAAAAUACUAACGUUUGGCCCAAAUAAAAAGAUUUACUAAAAUGCA